GAUGGGUAAAUUAUUUUUCCAUGUUAGAAUUAUUAGGAUUUAACCAGGGGGAAGCCUUGUCAAUAGAUCCAAUGAAAUGCGUAUUACAACAGAGGUGAAUUUCUAAUAGAGCUCUAGUAUUAACAUUUAUAAAAUUAGGUUUUCUAAAUUGAUUUUGGCAAGAGAGGAUAGAAAAUAAUUAUAGAAUAGAUAGGCAUGAAACACUAAAGGUUGAUGUUAUUUAUUUGAUAAUAGGUUUUAUUUUUGU